UACCUCGGGACCAGUUUAUUUUUCUCGGCAUUAAUUUAGUAAUUGAGCGAUAUUAUUAUUAUGUAUUUACUGAACUGCUAAAAAUUUAAGUGGUCGCUUCCUAUCUUUCUAUACGCAUAAGACACAAUCAGUUAAGGUCGAGUUUUUUGUUUUUGCAAGUGGUGAUAUGGCGAGUCAUCAGACUCACGGUAUUCAGCAACUGUUGGUAGCUGAAAAACGGGCUGCUGAAAAAGUUGCUGAAGCUAGAAAAAGAAAAGUCAAACGCAUAAAACAAGCAAGGGAUGAGGCACAAGCAGAAAUUGAGGCAUAUAGGAGGGAAAGAGAAAGGCAGUUUAGAGAAUAUGAGGCCAAACAUAUGGGUUCAAAAGAAGACGUGGCAGCUAAAAUUAAUAAAGACACAGAAACUUAUUUAAGAAAUAUGGAAAAAUUGGUUGAGGAUAACAAAGAUAAGGUUAUUGAAGAAUUAAUUAGUCUUUGCGUGGACAUCACUCCUGAAGCACAUCCAAAUUUCUUUGUCAUGAGGACUUUCAAUUCAAUUUAGCCAAGAAUAAUACUAUCAAUAGCAUAUAAACGUAUUUCCAUUUACAUAGAAUAGAACUUAUAGCUUCUAGAAUGAAUAACUAUUAUGUACAUUGUAAAAAGUAGGAUUUUAGAUUUAGUAAUGCAUCAAAUUUCUAACUUGAUGAAUACCUAAGUAAUAUAGAUUGGUUAACAAUUUAA